AUGGCGUCCAUGAUGGAACAAGCUGAAACAGCCAUGGCUGCUGAGUGCUGCUGCAUCUAUAGGGCGCCGAAUGAUAUACGCAAGUUGAAUGAAGAUAGCUUUACCCCAAAGGUGGUUUCUAUUGGCCCUUUUCACUAUGGGCAUCCCAGACUACAAAACAUGGAAAAGUACAAGCUUGUGUAUCUCAAGCAAUUGUGUCAAAGAAUUUCAUGCACCAUUGAAGGUUUGGAUAGAUUAAUCAGCCUUGUAGAGGAGAUUGAGCCAAGCGUUCGUCUUCACUACUCAGAGCCUAUUGAGCUUAGCAAUCCGGAACUUGUGAAGGUGAUUCUAGUGGAUUCUUGUUUCUUAUUUGAGCUAUUUUUGAGGUCAUAUUAUAGUGAAUGGGAUGGCAUUAUUAAGUUAAAACCAUGGCAAGCCACUGCUGUAAGGAUAGAUUUACUUCUGCUUGAGAAUCAACUGCCAUUUCAUGAUCUUGACAAGCUAUUCCGUCGGGUUUUUCCCUUUAGCGGGACUGACAACUGUGGAAAUCCUUCAUUUCUUCAUCUCACUUUUAACUAUUUUGCCUAUUAUAACAAAGUGGAAUUAGACCCUCAAGAUAUUAGCAUUAGCCACUUCACAGAUCUGAUUAGAACAUUUCACUUACCAUCAUUGAGUAUUCAGCCAGAGAGUUCGCCCAAUCCAGUAACGCAUCUUCAGAGUGCAACUGAGUUAGCUGAAGCAGGGGUGACAUUCAGGAAAAGUAAAAGCCGAAGCAGCUUACUAGACUUUAAAUUUUCAGGACGAAUCCUUGAAAUACCAGAAUUGACAGUGGAUGAUGGGACUGAAACUUUGCUUCGCAAUCUAGUGGCGUUGGAGCAGUGUCACUAUCCUUCCCAUUCUUACAUCACUGACUAUGUUGCCAUUAUGGACUUCCUUAUCAACACAAGCAAAGAUGUGGAUCUCCUAGUUCAGGAGGCAGUCAUCGUUAACUUGCUAGGAGAACCCAAGUCUGCGGCCAGGUUAUUCAAUAGUCUUUGGAAGAACGUCACACGUGUAAAUUUCAACCCCCAUUACUCAGAUAUUUGCAAGGACUUGAAUGCCUUUUGUAAAAGUCCAUGGAAUAACAUGAAGGCCACUUUGAACCGUGAUUACUGCAACACUCCUUGGCGCAGUGCUGCUUCCAUUGCUGGAAUUCUGCUUCUCCUUCUCUCUUUAAUACAAGCAGUCAGUUCUAUCUCACAAAUGGUGCAGCAAUUUAAGCAAAGCUCGCCACAUUGA